AUGUUCAGAUAUAUUAAAGUUUCUGCCCUGAAGACAGUGCGCCGGAUUAUGGGACUGGUGUCUGUUACACUCGUCAAUGCUAAAGCUGUGAAACUGUCGGGGAAGUGGAUCCUAUUCGAAAUGUUUGGCAACUGUUUACUAACAUCUUUGUGUCGCCUGGCUUGACGCGUCGUCCCGGUAUCCCAAAUGGUGGUUUUCGUUUUGCCCGCUGCCGGCUACUGGCCAAAGUAUGCACUAUUUAGUUGGGCUAUAGAAUCGACGGCCUCAUUAAGAGCUGUAUAAGAUGCCACCUCAAAAUAUGAUCUUUUCAACAUGCCGUUAUAAGACCUUAGAAAAGGCUGUGACCUGGUUGCCUCUCUACUUAACAGUACUCAAGCUCUACUGCAAGUUACAUAUUGCUGUCCUUGCUUUGUUUCGCGUCUUUUUCUUGGUAUUGUAAGGGCUAUGUGACGGUUACUAAUCAUGGAUAUAUCAGUUAUUGUUUGUCAAUCUCGAAACAGUUUUGGCAUAAAGAAGAAAUCGUAAAAAAGUUAAGAAACUUUAGCCAACCUAAACCGAAAUUUGAUUUAUCAGUUACGUCUUUCGCUUUAUUCGCGCGUUUCGCGUCUUUUUUUCGCGAUUUUAGAGAAAAAAUCUGUCCAAUUUCCGCACUCCAUUUAUUUAUUUCUGUCCAGUUUCACUCGAGAGUACUCUGUCCAUUUUCCACGAAGCCAGAUUCUUUGGCAUUUCGUUUCAACAAUUCUUUAUUUUUCGUGUGUAAGAAAUUGGAUUCAUUAUUUUCGGUGUUUCAUCCUCGUUCUAGGAUGCCCAUUUUUGGUGAUAUAUCUUCGCCCUACGAUGAAGCUGUGGAGAAAGUCACGGCCGAAACACUGACCACCGAAAAUUGGGCUCUAAUGAUGGAUGUCUCGGAUCGAGUGGCUUCACAAGGUCAGAAAGGAGCAAAACAAGCCCUGUACUCCAUCAAGAAGCGCCUGAAUCAUCGAGAUCCACAUGUUGUUCUACUGGCACUGUCACUGUUGGAUUGUAUCUGGAAUAAUGCUGGACAGGUAUUCAGAAGAGAGGUGUCAUCCAACGACUUUAUCAAUGAACUGAGUUAUAGAGCAACCAGCGUAGGUUUCUUUAAACCUCGUGGUGUAAGGUAUUCAACGGUCCAGUUAUUUUUAAUACUAAUAAAUUUAUUUUUGCAGAGUAAUCGAUUAAUCGGCGAGAAGACGCGCGGCAUUAUCAAGAAGUGGAUAGACAACGAAUGCAAAAAAGAUGCUUCGCUUUCACUUAUUGAAUCUCUCUACCGCGAUCUCCGAGAGGAAGGUUAUAGUUUCGAGGCAUCUGAACCGGCGAAGAAGUCAAAGGUUAUGUUUAGUAAUGACCCAAAUGUUGUAUCUACAGAACAAGAGGAAGCGGAUAUUGCGAAAGGUAAGAAGUUUAUAGGGCUAUCUUUAUCUAAAAGUUUUAAGCCAUUGCUCUCUCAUUGUCGGAAGUUGAUAAGAAAAACAAGUUCGCCUCACCAAUGCCAGUUAUGAACCAGGUAAAAUCUACGCCAAAGUAAGAAAAAGUUUUUUUUUUAAAAAUAUUUUUAGGGAUGUUACGAUCAGACAAGUUAAGGCACUUUAUGAUUUCGAAGCGGCCGAAGACAAUGAACUGUCAUUUAAAACUGGAGACUUAAUCAACGUUUUUGACGAGAGUGAUGUCAACUGGUGGAGAGGCCAACUAGUGAAGGGAGGAACUCCUGGACUUUUUCCAGCUAGUUUCGUGACAUCCGACCUUCAGGAAAAACCCGAAGAAAUUGUUCCAACGCAACCAGAGGUGGUGGAAGAAGAAGCCAAAAUUGACGAAGAAGUCCUCAAGAAAUGUUUGGAUCUCCUAAGACAAUGUGAUCCCACCGGAGUAGUCCCCGACGAUCCGGACCUGUCUUACUUCGAACAGAUGAGUAUGGCUCAGGUUCCACUUGUUAAUCAGAAGCUGGCGCAGAUCGACAAGCAACAUAACAUGCUGGCCAAGGUUGAUGUUGCAAUAAGAGACGUAUUGGCGCAAUAUGAUCAAGCAGUUCAACAAGCUUCUUUUCAAUGCCCUUCCCAGCCAUCUCAAAAACAAUAUCCUGGUCCGGCUCCAGCGGAAUUGCGGCACGCUGUUCCCCACCCAUAUGACCCGUCGCAAUAUCAACCUCGUCAAGGAGAGUGUUACCCUGACUCCAAUUACAUUCAACAGGGUCCCCACCAUCCCCCGCCCCCUCAAGGUAACUACCCUCAAUAA